GUCGUUUCCUCUCACCUCCCCGACUCCUACUCCUCCUCGGAUUCGAAUGAAUUAGCGACAAUUAGCUUAAACUCACCGUCGCUCACCUCCCCGACUCCUACUCCUACUCGGAUUCCAAUUCUAUAUAAACCCCCCCUAACUCACAUCAAAACCCAUGGAUUCUUCUUCUUCUUCUUCGCCUGCAGUUCCUUCUUCUCCUCCUUCGAAAUCGCCGUCGCCAUUGCUUCCAUACAAUGAAGACGGAACCCAUCCUUGUUUGCCGUUAGGGUUUCUAUUUCACCCGACCGGCGAUGUCGUCAUCAGGCAUUUUUUGCGCAACAAAGUUUUGGGAGCGCCAUUACCAAUUAACCCAAUCAAAGAGAUUGAUGUCUAUCUCUUUGAACCUGAUGAACUCCCCAUUACUAUCUCUGAUAGUGAUGAGCGUUGGAUGUAUUUCUUCGUGUACAUGACUGAGGAGAACUCAGACCGUUCCACCCCGAAAGGCUAUUGGAAGUUAGAUGUGAGCGAUGAGCUCAUCAAGGAUCCUGAUACCAAAGAAAUCAUCGGGUUGAAGAACACAUUUAUCUACUAUAGGAAAGAACUUGGACCAAAUGGGCGGUACAAGAUCAAAUGGACCAUGCAAUAAUUUCGAGCAACCAAUAUAGAGAACCUUAAAGAUCCCAAGGUGAGAUACUAUCUCUUCUUGCAAGUUAAAAAAAAUUAUUCUCUUGUGAUGUAUAGUUUGUGCUAAUGUGCGAUCAUUUUCUUCCUUGUAGAUGAAAAAUUGGGUUGUUUGCGAAAUACAAACAGUGAUUCCUCCGGAAUAUGAGGCGAAGGUUUCGAAGAGGGGUAAAAAGAGAAAUCGUUUACAUAAGCAGUAAGAAGUAUUUCCCUUCUUUGAGAAGGGGAAUCAUCAUGUAUUUCCUUUCUUUGAGAUAGUCAAUAUUUUAUCAUGGUCUUUCAGUUGAUCAUGAAAUUUUAUAGUAGUUGAAAGGAAAUUUAAAGCCAGUUAUCUUUUGUUUCUUUUUUAUUUUCUUUUAACAUUUGUAGUUUGAUGUUGAUUGGGCUAUUUGCCCAUAGCAAUUAGUUCAAUAAGAUAUUACUUGUAACUAUUUGUUGCCCUUUUCUUAAUCAAUGAUGAAUGCUUCAAGUCAAAACAGGCGGUUAUGUUUUUUUUCCCGGAUGAAAGCUUUGUUUUUUCCCUGUUAUUAUUUUAGCGUUUAUUGCUCAAUUUUGAACUGCAUUUUAAUUUCUUGACUUCAGUAUAAAAACAAACUUUUGCAACCUCAAAUCCUUCUUAAAAAGGUUCUUCACUUCUGAACUUCUGUCGAUCUGCUCUGCUGAAUCUAAACAAUCAAAUCUCGAAUAACAGUUUUUAUUCGAGAUAUCUAAACUGUUAUUCGAGGAAGUUCAGAAGUGAAGAAACCUUUUUAAGAAGGAUUUGAGGUGGCAAAAGUCUGUUUUUUUACUGAAGUCAAGAAAUUAAAAUGCAAUUCAAAAUUGAGCAAUAAACACUGAAAUAAUAACAGGGAAAAAA